AAGGGUUUGUGUACUUUAUUGGACCAGCACACAAUCAAAUCAAACACUUAACCCAAACCGACACGCUUCAUCAUAUUCACUUCUCUUCACAUUCUCAUCUCUUUCAAUUCCCUUUCAUCUUUUACACUGACACACUAAAUUCAUCACGAUGUUGCAGUUACUUUACACUGCGAUUUUCGGCGAAAUGCUAUUGAUCCUAACCCUAGUUUUCAAAACCCCACUUCGAAAAUUGGUGAUUGUUUCAUUGGAUCGAGUCAAAAGAGGUCGUGGACCAAUCGUUGUUACUACAGUUGGUGCUACGUUGAUCGUUGUGCUUUCUUCUAGUCUUUAUAGUAUGGCUAAGAUCCAACAACGUACGGUGGAAGCUGGUGUUCUUAACCCCACUGAUCAAGUUCUUAUGUCUAAACAUAUGCUUGAAGCUUCUUUAAUGGGUUUUGUGCUGUUCCUCUCUCUAAUGAUUGAUAGAUUGCACCACUACAUAAGAGAGCUUCGUUUACUCAGGAAGACCAUGGAAGCUGUUAAGAAACAAACCCGAAGUUUUGAGGACGGUAAAAAUGGCAGCACAGAGGAGCAAAAAGCAUUGACCGAAGAAAUUACCACAUUGAAGUCUAAGGUUAAGAAGCUCGAAUCUGAAUGUGAGGCGAAAGGAACCAAGGAAAAGACAUUGGAAACUGAAGUAGAGGCUCUUAAAAAGCAAUCUGAGGGGUUCCUUAUGGAAUAUGAUCGUCUCUUGGAAGACAAUCAGAAUCUUCGGAGUCAGUUGGAGGCCAUCGACCAGAGCUCUUCACACCUUGAUAACAAAAAGAGUACAUGAGGGUUAAAAAUAUCCAUAGAAGAACAGUUUUCUUUGUUUCAAAUGCUGUUUUAGUGUUCCAUGUUUCCUUGAUGAGUUCACAGUUGUAAAUUUUAUGGUCUAAAAACAGCUAUGUGGAUUGAGUAUACUUGACUGUUAUUUAAGCAGCUAGCUAUAUAUUAUUAUAAAGGAACAGAUUGUUAUUGCCAUAGGUUGAUUUUGAAUUUCAUAGUUUGGAUGCAAUUAUGCAUCUCCUCUUCAA